UAAGACAGCACGCUAACACUCUGCCAAAGAGAGACUUACAAAAGGACAAAGCGUUGCACACAAAUCUGAGAGACCAAAAGCCACAGGACUGUAACGAACUAACUGCAAAAAGAACCACUGACAGAGAGUGAGAGAGAGAGAGAGAGAGAGAGAGAGAGAGAGAGAGAGAGAGAGAGAGAGAGAGAGAGAGAGAGAGAGAGAGAGAGAGAGAUGGACAUCAAGACGUGCCAAGUGGUUCGCCCCCCGAGCCCGAUGGAGAGCCUGGAGAAGCAGCUGAGCUGUCCCAUCUGCCUGGACAUGUUCACCAAACCCGUGGUCAUCCUGCCCUGCCAGCACAAUCUGUGCCGCAGCUGUGCCAGCGACCUCUAUGACUCGCGCAACCCCUACCACUAUUCAGGCGGCAUCUUCCGCUGCCCCACCUGCCGCUUCGAGGUGGUGCUGGACCGCCACGGUGUCUACGGCCUGCAGAGGAACCUGCUGGUGGAGAACAUCAUUGACAUCUAUAAGCAGCAGCAAGAAAAGAAGGGGGACAGUGACGGGCAACUGGAUGUGCCACUGAAGGACAAGGACACCAAGGAGCCCAUGUGCAAGGUGCAUGAGGACGAGCGCAUCAACAUCUACUGCGUGACCUGCCAGAUGCCCUCCUGCUCCAUGUGCAAGGUGUUCGGCCAGCACAAGGACUGCGAGGUCUCCCCGCUGCAGACGGUCUACCAGAGUCAAAAAGCUGAGCUCCGCAGCGCCAUGGAGGCACUGGCCACUGGCAACAACUGUGUGCAGGCUGUCAUGACUCAGAUGGAGGACACCUGCAAGGUCCUCCAGGAGAAUGGCAACCUCCAGAGGCAGCGCCUGGGUGAGAGCUUCGAUCUGCUCUACGCCAUCCUGGAGGAGCGCAAGGGGCAGCUGCUGGAGCAGAUCACCCAGGAGGAGGAGGAAAAGGUGGCCGUGCUGCACUCAAUGGCUGAGCAGUACAAAGAGCAGCUGCAGGUCAGCAACCAACUAAAAGAGAAGGUCUCGCAGAGCAUGGAGAGCACCGGUGUGGCCGAGUUUCUGGUCAGUGCCAAGGAGCUGAUCAACCAGGCCAAGGAGAUGGCCAGGGGACCCCAGCUGGAGCGGCCUGAGCCAGGCUUCGAGAGCAUGGAACACCUCACCGUGGACACGGAGGAUGUGGAAGCCCUACUGGCCCAGAUAGACUUUGGACUGAAUGAUGAUGAGGGAGAGGAGGAGGAAGAAGAGGAGUAAUUUUUUUUCCUUUGAUAAAGACAGUAGUGCAAGUUUGGUGCGAGUUUUGGUAAGGAUGUGCUGAGGAGAAACAUGACAAGAAAUGAUAUGAGGUAAUAGUUAAGGAGAAAAUAUGGAUAAUUUCAGGUAUUUGAGGAGAAAUGAAAAAAUGUGCAAUUUUCGGGAAGUUUUUUGUACAAGUACAAAAUGACAUUUUGUAUUGACUUGCCUUUUUAUACUUUUGUAUUUCCAUUGUUGUUUAUAUUGUACUGUACCAUUGCAAUAUCUCUGGAAACUUGAUAUAUCACAAGAAAUGUAUUGUUUAUACUUGAAGGCUUUUAAAUUGUCAUUCAAGUCUAUACAACAAAAGAAAAAAGAGAAACAAAAAAAGAAAGAUAUUUAUUGUAUUUAGAAUGUUUUUUUUUCUCUCUUUGUACAACUGGAAACUUGAAAUGCAAAUCAUGCACUUGAUCAUUUCAGACACUGUUGUUACUUUUGAAUGUGUGAAUAAAGUUUUAUUCGGUCAUAAAA